ACCACGCAGUCUUGGCUGGGAGUGGAAGAGACGCUGACUUUCUUUUUUUUUUUCAAACAAAGCUGCGGGUUGCUGUUGGACACUCUACUACUGUGUGGGGAAAAACGGCCUUUAGUAUACCAAAAAUAAUUAUGACCGUUAAGUCGACGCCGCGUAUCGCUAGGAGUCUUUUGGCUGGUUUUCAAGUCCACUCGAAGUUUGUGCGUGGGAACGUAAAAGCAGGAAAUGCCAGACGUGUUGGCCCUGGUGGGGUACUGGGGACAUGGAGUAAGACCACUUCGUCCCAGUGUGCCUCCUACCACAUCAACACCCCCCGCCGCAGUUUCAUCAACUUGGCCGCCGGCAUCGGUAGUCGCAGAACCGAGUACACCGAGAACCGGACUUUAGGGUACACGCCCGAGCAGAUGUUCAGGGUGGUGUCCAGCGUGGAGAAGUACCAGCACUUUGUGCCCUGGUGCAAGAAGUCCCGCCUGGUCAAGGGGACGACAGGCGGCGACGUCCGGGUCGAGCUGGAAAUCGGUUUCCCGCCCGUGUUGGAGCGCUACACCUCUGAAGUCACCGUGGUCCCAAACCACCAAGUCCGAGCUUUGUGUACCGACGGGUCCCUUUUCAGCCAUCUUGAAACAGUCUGGAGGUUCGCACCUGAACCCAAAGACUCCUGCAAAGUGGACUUUUACGUGUCCUUCGAGUUCAAGUCGCUGCUCCACGCUCACCUGGCCAGCGUCUUUUUCGACGAGGUGGUCAAGCAGAUGGUCUCCGCCUUCGAAUCGCGGGCGGCGGUGCUCUACGGGCGCCGGCGGGAGGUGCCCCCGAGGAGGGGAUCGAGGUGACACCGGCCCCACGCUGCUUUGCUCUCUUUGCACACACUCAUAAGUUAUACUUUCACUUUGAACCUUUAUAUAUUUAUUAUUUGCCACCAGCUAAUUUAUUUCACUUGAAUGUGAAAAGAUGUCCUCAUAGUGUUUAACUAGUUUCUUUGCAAUUAAAAGUUUAUUUUUUACAACA